AUGGCGUCCUCCGAGCUCACCUACCGCGGCCAGCAGGCGGCGGCGGCCGACGGCGCGCACGGCCCGGCCGAGAGCAAGCCGCGGACCAGGCAGCAGCUGCCGCAGCCUCUCCGGUACGUGCUGGGCGAGCAACGCCUCGUCUUCUCCUUGGUCGGCAUGGCCCUCGCCACCCUCGUCUUCCUCCUCCUCUCCCCCUCCACCACCACCACCACCUCCUCAAGCAGCAGCGUGGCGCACCUGGCGGCAGUGGGGCUGGUGUCGCGGCAGUACCAGUCGGGCGGCGCGGGGCGGAUGGCGUUCGAGGAGGGCACCGGCGGGGUGCGCCACGGCCGCGUGCCGCUGGGGCUGAAGCGCAAGGGCCUGCGCGUGGUGGUGACCGGCGGGGCCGGGUUCGUGGGCAGCCACCUGGUGGACCGGCUGCUGGCGCGCGGGGACAGCGUGAUCGUCGUCGACAACUUCUUCACGGGCCGCAAGGAGAACGUGGCGCACCACGCCGGGAACCCCAACUUCGAGAUGAUCCGGCACGACGUGGUGGAGCCGAUCCUGCUGGAGGUGGACCAGAUCUACCACCUCGCCUGCCCGGCCUCCCCCGUGCACUACAAGUUCAACCCCGUCAAGACCAUCAAGACCAACGUGGUGGGCACGCUCAACAUGCUCGGCCUCGCCAAGCGCGUCGGCGCCCGCUUCCUCCUCACCAGCACCAGCGAGGUCUACGGCGACCCCCUCCAGCACCCCCAGGUCGAGACCUACUGGGGCAACGUCAACCCCAUCGGUGUGCGGAGUUGCUACGACGAGGGCAAGAGGACGGCGGAGACACUGACCAUGGACUACCACCGCGGCGCCAACCUCGAGGUGAGGAUCGCUCGGAUCUUCAACACCUACGGUCCGCGCAUGUGCAUCGACGACGGCCGGGUCGUCAGCAACUUCGUCGCUCAGGCGCUGAGGAAGGAGCCCUUGACGGUGUACGGCGACGGCAAGCAGACGAGGAGCUUCCAGUACGUCUCCGAUCUGGUUGAGGGUCUGAUGAAGCUGAUGGAGGGGGAGCACGUGGGGCCCUUCAACCUGGGGAACCCGGGGGAGUUCACCAUGCUGGAGCUGGCAAAGGUGGUGCAGGACACCAUCGACCCCAACGCGCGCAUCGAGUUCCGGGCCAACACCGCCGACGACCCGCACAAGCGCAAGCCGGACAUCACCAAGGCCAAGGAGCUGCUCGGGUGGGAGCCCAAGGUGGCGCUCCGCAACGGCCUCCCGCUCAUGGUCCAGGACUUCCGCACCCGCAUCUUCGGCGACCAGAAGCAGCAACAACCAGACGGCUCCGAGUAG